AGCAGUUGUUGAACCGGUCUGGGUGAGAUUAGGGGACGGACACCAUGCUGCUUUCCGCCGUCUCUUUUGCCAAGAGCAAGUCAAAAACUAUUCUGGUGAAAUUGGUGAGCCAAGCUGGGACAGGUUUCUCCUUCAACCACAAGAGAAGCCGACUUCGAGAGAAGCUGACCCUUCUGCACUAUGAUCCAAUAGUGAACAAAAAAGUUCUCUUUGUGGAACAGAAAAAAAUACGCUCCCUCUGAGUAGUGGACUGAAAAUGAAUUUGAUUCAUAAAUGAGAAGACCGAGGGUGAGGCUCCGUUCCGAACUCUGCCAUGUGCAAUGAAGACGAGAAAACUGCGGCGGCAUGGCCUUGGGGAUGUGAAGGGACAGUGCAGAGAAAGAGAGCCCUUCAUCACAGAGACCACUAGUUAUCUCUCUGGAUGCUUUAUAAGCCUUAAUAAAAAAAUAUCGAAAUAGCC